CUGGCAGUAUGCUUCAGACUAUCGCAGAGAGAGGUACACACCACUCUCACCAGCACCACCAGCUGUGCACUCCGAACGUCCAUCUGUGUCCUCCCGUACACCUCACCAGCUGUCCCCCACCACCUGUGUACCAACACCCCAUCAAAACACCUCCAUCAUCCUUCUCACUUAACCUGCCUUCUUACAUAGUUUAAAACACAAUCAUAUAUACCUAUACAGAUCAGUGUCACUGACGAUCUUUAACCAGCCUCCACAAUACAUCUCGUAAGUGAGAAUUUGCUCUAAGAUAAAUCCUUACACACCAGAGGCAUCAUGUGCAGUGGAAAUUAGCAGCAGCAUCCCGUAUAAAGGCCGCGAAUUACUUAAUCAGAUGUGGAAAUCAGCAGCAGCAUCCCGUAUAAAGGCCGCGAAUUACUUGAUCAGAUGUAAGAUUUAUCUCCUUUGCGAUCUUCAACGGGCAAUUAAUAUCACCCAUUUCGAUUGUCUAGGAAAAUAGUCAGUGCAUUGAUUUAUAAGACAGCUUAAAAAAGGCAGGAGACAAAGAAGGAAUUCGAAAAACAUUCCUAGGAAUUUGGAACAUAAUUGAAGUGAUGAAAUGCAUAUUGUUUUGAGAUUAAUAUUCCCUGAGUGUGGGUGUUGUAUUGAGCCGAGUAACCUAACGUUAUACUGCCGCCUGCUAAACACAACAAUCUGCUUGAGCAUCAUGACUCGCCUCUGAAUCGACUCCGCUGGCAAAAAUUUCUCUAUACUUCUGAUCAGGGCAAUCCACAGCGGGAGGGGGUGGAGCCAUGUGAGCUGCCACGCCCACCUGUACACCCUGACCACGCCCAUACGCCCACAUGACGCCCACGUCACCCCAUCCUGGCACCUCCCAAGGGCCACCAAGGCCUAACCUACCCACCAUCACCCCACAAGCCACAAGCAUACCCCUCAGCCCCGUCACCACCCACACCUGGGCACGCCAUGGGGGGCGCUGGUGACGCCGGGGGGUAUGCAGGAAGCAGGAGGGGGAGGAAAUACCCCCUGCUGCUUGGCUGCCUGCUGCUUCUGCUGGCGACGACCGCUGUGUCGCCGUCCACCGCCUGCCCCUCCGUCUGCUCCUGCGCGGCUCCUGCUGCCUCCGCCAGGUCCCUAUCAAGGCUAGGUCCCUGGGAGACGUUCAGGGAUGCCCCCGCCCAGGAGAACACCGAUCUGGUGUCCCUGGAUUGUCAAGGGGCGGGUCUCUCUGCUCCCCCUGACCUGGGAACCCUUAGGGGUCUCCAGCCUGCCUCGGUCAUCGAAAUGAACCUGGCGAACAAUAAGAUCCGUGAACUUGACGAUUUCUGCUUCAGCAUCUUCACCUCUCUACACACACUAACACUCACUGGCAACAACAUAGGGACGAUAUCCCCCCGAGCAUUCAACAGAGUUCCCUUGGAGGUGCUGAUGAUGGACGAUAACAACCUGUCGUCCCUAUCACCAGGAACACUUCCCGGCCAGCUUAAGAUCAUCUCCCUGGAGAUGAACUUCUUCACGAACUUCCCAGCCUCCCUGGCCUCCCUCAGAGGCCUACAAAAUGUAAACCUGGGAUACAACAAGAUCGCUGUCCUGAAAAACGCUGACCUCCACGGCCUACAUAACCUCCUCUUCCUAUCUCUUCAAAACAACAGACUCUCAACUAUCGAACCCCGAGCCUUGGCCAGACUACGUAACCUGGAGACUCUUAAUCUGAAGAACAACUUGCUGACGGAGGUGCCUACCUCAGUGACACACUGCGUCAACCUGCGACAACUGUUCCUGGGUGGUAACAGACUGACGUACGUGGGUGAGAAUGCUCUCAGGGGAUUGACUAGACUCGAGGAAGUGAAACUACAAGCCAACCCACUGCUGAACAUACAUCACAGAGCCUUCUCCAACCUCCCAGCCCUCACCAGCCUCAUCCUGAAGGAGGUGAGGCUGCUGGACACCUUCCCUGACCUGAACGACACGUUCAGCCUCAAAUGGCUGAGGAUCGACCGUGCAUCUCUCUCCUCCGUUCCUCACGACCUGUGUACGGCCACGCCCAAAUUAUACAGCCUGAACCUUCAGAGGAACCAGAUCAGUACCAUGCCAGACCUCACCCGCUGUCAACAGCUCCGUCUACUACCUCUCAUAGUCAUGAGGACUAACUUAUCUACAACAUCUCACAACACUAUUACAUUCUAUGGUCUCAAAAGUCUUCAGGUCUUGCAACUGGAGGACAACCUCAUCACUAGUAUCAACAAAGACGCGUUCGUACACCUUCAUGGCCUCGAGGAUAUUAACCUUGGUAACAACAGCUUCCCUGAGUUACCUGCCAGAGGCCUGCAGAGUGUAGUCUCCAUCAAGGUUCACAACAACCGCCAUCUCAGAGUCUUUCAUGGCCCAGAGAGCUUCCCCAAGAUUAGAUCUCUCACCCUUUCCUACGCCUACCACUGCUGUCCCUUCCUCAGGUUUCAGUACCACACGGAGUCGACGACCAUCAAUGAGAGUGUGUUCUUCGACGUGAAGGACCUCCAGGGCCUCGACCCAACCAUCUGGAAUGUGUCGAGCGUGUGGCCAGACAUUGCAGGCUUGAACACAAACUUUGCGGCCAUUUGGGCUAACUUGGCUGCUGAAUUCCCUGCAGCCAACACUGACCUGACCACUGCUGCCUCUGGGGACCUCACUACCACCUCCACCACCACCACUACCCCGCCCCUACCCAGCCACCAGGUCAUCUGCUCCCCCGAGCCAGGCCCCUUCAUGCCGUGUGAAGACCUCUUCGACUGGUGGACACUACGGUGUGGGGUGUGGAUAGUGUUCCUGCUGGCACUCUUGGGUAACGGCACCGUGGUGGUGGUGUUGGUCUUCGCCAGAGCCAAGAUGGACGUGCCUAGGUUCCUGGUCACCAACCUCGCCUUCGCUGACUUCUUCAUGGGCCUCUACCUCGGGUUUCUAGCAGUGGUGGACGCCUCCACGCUAGGAGAGUUCCGUAUGUACGCCAUCCCGUGGCAGACGUCAGUUGGGUGUAAAGUGGCUGGCUUCCUAGGAGUAAUGAGCUGUGAGCUAUCUGUCUACACGCUCACUGUCAUUACAAUGGAGCGUAACUACGCUAUUACUCAUGCCAUGCACCUCAACAAGCGUCUGUCUCUACGCCACGCUGCGUAUAUCAUGGUACUGGGCUGGAUCUUUGCCUGUACCAUGGCUCUCCUGCCUCUCAUUGGUGUUUCAGAUUACCGCAAGUUUGCCGUCUGUCUGCCCAUUGAGACCAAAGGUGCCGGACUGGGUUAUGUUGUGUUUCUUAUGUUCAUAAACGGCAUUGCCUUUCUUAUCCUGAUGGGUUGUUACCUCAAGAUUUACUGUGCCAUACGAGGGUCACAAGCAUGGAACAGCAACGACUCGCGAAUAGCUAAGAGAAUGGCUCUCCUGGUGUUCACAGACUUUAUAUGCUGGGCUCCCAUUGCCUUUUUUUCUCUAACUGCCGCUUUUGGACUACAGUUAAUAUCUCUAAAGGAGGCCAAAGUGUUCACUGUUUUCAUACUGCCAUUUAAUUCCUGUUGUAAUCCAUUUUUAUAUGCUCUCUUAACCAAACAAUUUAAAAAAGACUGUGUAAUGUUAUGCAAAACUAUUGAAGAGUCGCGUGUAACGCGGGGGAUCGGAAGGUGCCGACAUUCAUCAAAUUUUAGUAAUCGCCAGACUCCUGCCAGCACCAACAGUGCUCUGGACAAUACCUCACGUCAGGAUAACCAAUCUUGUCGCUGCCAGAGCAAGACACAAGAACCUCAGAAGCUCCACCAACGGCUACGUAUAUCGGCACUUAAGUAUCUCUUCUGCCACAAAGAAAAUGAAGAGCUCAGUUCAGCGAGUGAUUUUAGCUAUCAGCCAACCAAAAGUGCUGUCAAGUCGAAGAGACAUGCAUCUGUUUCAAGCGAAACUUAUAGCUCUUCCUGGUCAGAUACUUGGCGUCGAGGUCAAGCAGCCAUGUCACUGCGAAUACUUGACCGCAGGCGCCGCAACUCGUGGUACCUGACUCGUAAGCCCUCGCAGGAGAGUAACUUGUCAUCAUCUCGUAAUGACUCGUCGGCCACCACUGCCUCAACAUCAACGUGGCGAAUAUCUCGGUCCUCAGUGUCAUCUGAUAUCUCCAGCAGUGGUUCAAGAGGUGUGGGUAAAACUGACGCAGCUCCAACAUUGAGGUUGGGAUCUCUGAGAGAGCGUCGAGGAGAGUGCCAUACGCAGGUGCCACCUCGGCAAGUUGCUAACCAUCACCAGGCGCUGUUGGUGAGGCAGCAGUCUGGCGCAUCCGGACAAAAUUCAGCACCAACCACAUUAGCAGUUCGCAUUAAGCCCCGUUUGCAUAGACAAACUGCUAUUGAACGUGAAACUUAUAUACCCAAUAAGGCAGCAGCAGCAGCAGCAGCAGCAGCAGGGGCCCAAGCAAAAGUACCCUGUCCUCUACAUCAACAUUCUGACAACCUCUCCUGUGUGUACGAACAAGAGAGUUACGAAGAAGACGAAAAGGAAGUCUCUAGGGAAUGUUUAAACCCUUGCUAUCCAAUGGCAGAGUUGACUGUUACUUUCAUUCCACGUAAACUGAGUACUAUUUCCUCUCAUUCAAUCAGCGUAGUUAGAGAGGCAGAUGGGGAUGAGUCUCCAUCUGGUCCCUGUGUGGACGUACAUACAUCCAGUCAUCCUUCACCCACUCUCACGCGUGACUUUCCAGGAAGAGGAAAAUGUGUGAGCUUAACCUUACUGCCCCAGACUUCACAGACAAGUCCCUCACGUUUUCCCUCUGAUGGUCACUUACCUCGCUCACCCAGGUGCACAGAAGUUUUCUAUUUCACAAAGUUAGCAACUCCUGCUCUUAUAAUCCCUCAAAAACAUGAGCACACAGCUAACACCCCAUCCAAAGAUUUUGAUGCAGCUCAUGUAGAUCACUAUGGACAAGCUAUCAUUAGCAUUCAGGACGAGAGCCAUGAGCCAGAGGAAUGCAUGGAGUCUACAGCCCUGAUGGCUGAAGAUUGUGAUGGGGACGACGAUGUGUUUGAAGAGGAGAAAAGUCGCCCCAGACCCUUAGAAACACACUUUCCUCUCGAUGAUCCUCCAGGUGAAACGCUCCCUCUUAUAUGAUAACAAUUUGUCCUUUUGUACAAAAAAAAUGGAAAUGCAUUCAGGUAUAAAUGCGAACUUUUGACCAAGGGAGCGAGGUUUGAAUCUUAAAAACGUCAAAUGCCUGCCACUUUAAAGCUUCCGAAUAUUUAUUUCAUAUUUCCUGUUAAGAUCAGCAUGCUGUGAACACACUACCUACAACUUCAUAAUUAUCUGUUCUAUGUAAAGUGUCAUUACAAUUGCCAACAUUUUCUCCAAAUGUCCGACCCUCGAUCUUCUUCUUUUGUAGCUCUUUAGCCAUUGUUACAAAGUUACCAACGAUGGAUUCGUGCCUCUGUACCUGCUCUGAACACUGGGAACUACAGUGAUCUUAGACUGUCUGGGCAUAGUGUCUCAAAAGCACAAAGUGUGAUGUCGAGUCAUGUUAUUACUUUGGCUCUGGGACCAGACUCACAUUUUUCUCCUUCUAUAGAAUUAUUUAUGGUGCUCUCUGAUGACUUUAAGAACACAGAUGUAUGGUGUUAGUCUGGCUAUUUUAUAUCACUGAUUAUCUUCAGAUACGUAGACAAUGUGACUGACUGUGACAAUAACAGUCAGCUGCAGCUGAGACAAUAACAAUCAUCUGCAGCUGAACACCUGACAGAUGACUGUCGUUUCAGCUCUGUUUAUCAAAAUAUAAUAUCCGUGGGGGAAAUUUUAAAAAAAAAUUAUUUUACACGAAAGAGAAUGAGCUGUUCACUGUUAUAAAAAUUUCAGCAAAGGGAAAAAACAUUGAACUUCAUGACAGUGAAGCAUAUUAUUAAAAUAAUUUUAGUAGCAUGCAUAAAAUAACUUUUUCUGGUGAAUUUGAAAAUCAAUUUGUGUCGGGGAUAAACAAAAAAAGAACACUGGCCAAGGUAUUUUCAAAGCAUAAACUAAAUUCUGUUCUACUUAAAGUGAGAAUUAUGAGUCCUGCUGGUGGAAGCUGAUGUAAUUCACACGUUCUCAAACAAAAUGUACAUUUUCCCAUGAUUAAUAGAACGUGCUAAAGGCCGCGUACAGAGAUAAAGGAAAUAUUUUUUUUAUCUUUGAUGAUUUUUAUUUUGUACUGUUGCGUCGAGCCAGUUGCUGUUACACAUAGAGAUAAUAUUCUUCCUGGUCAUACAUUGUUAGUUUAAGGGAGAAGUUAGAUUAGAGUAACUGAAGUUAAAGGUCAUAUACUGAAAGGAUGGGCUAGUAAUAGUUAAGAAGGUUGUGGAGAUAUCCUCUGAACCAAGAUUCCAUGACGUAGAAGGGUCUGACAAGUUUCGCCGUGGCGAAACGUCUUCAGUAAAGACACCCAUAUGUUAAACAUGUGUCUAAUUCUUCAUCUUGUCGGUACUGUAUACCAUACAUUUACAACUUGACAGACACAGCACCAUCAUGGAAUCUUGGUUCAGACGACGUCUCCACAACCUUCUUAAUAAACUACUACUGACCCGUCCUUUGGGUAUGACCUGCCUCCACUGGGAGAAUCCUGACUACCAGUAAAAAAACGUAAACUAACCCAUGCGAGGUAGAUAUAUCACGAUGACAGAGGCUGGGCAACACAACCAAGAAAUGCGAUCACAGAACGUAGUGGUAUAAACCUUGGUAAUAAAUACCGACAAGUUGGUUUAGAAAGACACGUAAGCAAACACUAUGACAUAUUUAUUAGAA